UGUUGUGUUGCGUUGGAGUUUCAACUUUGGACCCGCAGAGGAGCUCAGCUGAGUGAAACCAAAGAAACUCUUCGGAGACAAAAGAUCGUCCAAAACGGGAUAUUUUGGCUGGGGGGUUUUGUCUUGGGGCUUUGCCACCCAAGCAAGGAAACCAUGGAACACUAUCCUGAUCAGCAGGCUUGUGAUGGCAUGGAGCUGCUCGACUGGCUGUUUGAUCAAAACGACGGCAUCCUCCGGCACGACCAAGGGGGACAACAAGAAGCAGGCGACCAGCAGCACAACUGGCCCAUGCAGGAGCCAAAUAUGCUCCAGCUGGCUGAACAGGCCGACGCCGACUUCCUCAACGCGCUCCUGAGUGGAAGCGAUUCUAUGUUGGCCCCCUCACCCAGUGACAGCGGGAUCAGCGAGGACCCGCCCUCGGACCAGAUGGAUAGCCCCCAGCGACCCGAGAGCCCCCCCGGCGAUGCUCGCCGUUUCAGUCUGAGGACGCAAAGCAAAGCAGCCUUGGAAGCCCGAGUCGCCGUCAAGUCCGAUGGCUGGGAGGCCGAGUUCCCCACAGAAAAAAUGAGAGCGCCACAAUAUCCUUCGGAUGUAAACAGAGUACAGCCGUCCUCUGGCUUGCCGCUGACUGUCAAGGGUCUGCUGCUGUCUGGCACGGCCGAGCUGCCCCCACAACCAUUCCAGCAGUCCAUUCAAGAACUGAUUCUCAAUGAAGACGAGAAGAAGCUCCUGGCCAAAGAGGGGGUGACUCUUCCCUGCCAACUGCCGCUCACAAAGCAUGAAGAAAGAAUCCUGAAGAAAAUACGCAGAAAGAUUCGCAAUAAGCAGUCGGCGCAGGAGAGCCGCAAGAAAAAGAAAGAGUACAUUGAUGGACUGGAGAGCAGGAUGUCGGCAUGCAACGCACACAACCACGAGCUGCAGCGCAAAGUGUCCCAGCUUGAAAAAUGCAACAUGUCGCUAAUGGAACAGUUGCGCCGGCUCCAAGCUCUGGUUAUGAAUACAUCUAACAAGCCAGCCCAGACUGGGACAUGCGUGCUGGUGCUCCUGCUGUCCUUCUCCCUAAUCCUCAUUCCCAGCCUCAAGCCCUUUGCCGACACCAAAGUCAGCCAAGGAGACUUCAGUCCAGUGAGAAUCCAAUCCCGGUCCCUGCAGAACCUCCAGGCGUCCCGGGUGCUGCACGUCGACGACCCUCCGUUGUCGACCGGAGACAAAUCGAAGCACGCGCAUUUCCUGGAAAAAUCGGGAUUGGAAAUCACCAGCCUGAUGGGUAACAUGAAGCUGAAGCAAGAACUGGACGCCGUGUCCCCAAACUGCAGCCGGGAAGAAAGCCUGGGUCAUUUCCACCUGGACCCCAUCACGGGCCACGUAUCCACCGUCACCUUGAACCCGAAACGGUCCGCCGGUCUCCCGCCGAACGCCGACGAUAUGUAGAACAAAUUGUCCUCAUCAAUUAGUCGUAAUCAAGUUGUCAUGACCAUGUUUUGUAUCAGUGACUGUUAAAGUGAAAUCGCCUGUCAGCUUUUGAUAAAAAACCAGUGUGAUGUAGGAUUGGUGGGGCGGGGGGAAGGCAGCAAAUAGAGCGGCGACAGUGAUUUUAGUGGAUAAUUUGUGAACUAUUAGUAAUGAUUUGGAAAGCGUGCUUGCAUUGAUGGAGAAAAAUAACCUGCAAUAAAAAGAUAGUAUACGAUGCCAGAAAGGCUUCUUUUCCCUGCAGGCUUUAGGACUCGGUGCUUCUGCCUGUGAAGCAGUGAUGAAACGUCUAGACGAGGCAUCUCCCAAAGGGCAAAUAUGUCAGCGGGGACAAAACAAGGUAGAAAAAUAGGGCAAAGGUCCCGCGGACGGCCGCUUAUCACAUGACCCCCCGCCCACUUAUUGACAUGUUGACAUAUUUCCUCAUUGGAGACGCUUAUCUGACUUUUUACCGCCACACUGAUGGGAGGGAAAGAUUCCAGCCGUUAAUUGGAUCAGCAGAAUACCCUAUCUAUAAUAUUGCCACAAUAAAAUGAAUAGUAAAAUUGUGUAUACAAAAUGCUGUAAAUCUGCAGUAAUUAUGUUGUAUCAAUGCAAAAGGUUGUAAUUCUACAAUACAUAAUUUUAGAUUAUUAUGACUGUUUUUGCAAAACUACAAAAACUAUAAUCAAAAAAAUUUUAAUUUCUCUGGUAAAAAGUCAAUUGAUUUCAUGCAAUAUUUUUAAGCAAAAUAAAACAUUUUACUUUUUUAUGAGAGAAGAGUGCAAUCCUCCUUCUUCCGGCUGAGAACCAUGGCCUCGCAUUUGGAGGUCUUGGUCAAUACUGUCAAUACUCUCUUUCCAUUUUGUGACUUGAAUAUUAAC